AUGGAUGUUCACAACGAUACCGACCGAUAUUUUCAGACACUUCAAAAUCAGAAAGAGACUUUACAAAAGGCUAAAAAGCGCCAAGGUCAGCGUCCUCGUGAUUGGAAGCCUAGAGAGGAGAUGUACCUUGGUUUCAUGAUGGCCUUAGUAGCAGGAGAACAGCGCGAGCGACGAGACACGAUGCGUUCGUCGUUUAUUCCACCAGCAUACCUGCCAUGCACUACGCCUCUGGCUGAGUUGAGACGCGUCACGAUUCGAGAUCUUCAGCUUGAGACACAUCAUCGAGGCACAUAUCUCCUACUGCGCGCUACCACGCCGCCUAGACGGAUCACCGCGAUUAUGGUUUUGGUUGAAGAUGAUUGUGCUGAUGUCGUUAUGCUACAACUGUACCAGCAGGAAGAGGAGGAUACCCGUGAAACCGCUGAUAUUGUCAAUGUUGGCACAAUCUUACUGGUCAAAGAGCCCUAUUUCAAGGUCAUGGCAUCUGGCGAGUACGGUUUACGUGUAGAUCAUCUCUCCGAUGUCAUUAAUGUCGACAAGGACGAUCCCAGGAUACCUGGAGCAUGGCGCCCGCGAGCUCUCGAAGUAGAACUCUCAGCCGAAUCAUUGAAGAUCAAGGGAAACUCUUCUAUGGGAAAAGGCAAAUACUGGCAGGCGAUUACAGAAUAUUCGGAAAGUCUUUCGCAACCAGCCACAGUGAACGAGAUUGAGAUUAUCAAGCGCAACAGAUCGCUUGCUUUUCUCAAAACCAAGCAGUUCGACGCUGCGCUCUCUGAUACUGGCUUCCCUAGCUUCGGCUCCAACCCUACAGAAAAGGCGCUCUUCCGGGCGGCAGAGGCUCUGUAUUUCCUCAGACGGUUUAGCGAAUGUUACGAAGUGCUUGAAUUGCUUCGUACCAAGUUUCCGAACAACAAACAAGCGUUAGUGGUACUUAAUCGUGCUCGAAGUCGAUGCUCGGAGCAAAGCACUGGAGACUACAAUUUCAAGCUACUUCAAGCAGAGGCUAAGAAGCUCCGGCCGCCUCAGUUAGACCACGCUACGUACAUCGGGCCUGUCGAGAUAAGGAAGACUGAGAAAAAAGGUCGUGGAUUGUUCGUGACCAAAGCUGUGAAGGCAGGAGACUUACUCCUAUGUGAAAAAGCUUUCGGUCAUGCCUACGUAACCGAGAGCGAUGAGGGUAACUCAAAGGUCACUCUCUUGAUAAAUCCUGAAAAAAACCGGGCAUUCAUGGGCGGCCAGUCCGACCUCAUCAGAAUCCUCGUGCAAAAGCUUUAUCACAACCCAUCUGUCGCCCGAGCAUUUACUACUCUGCAUCAUGGAACCUACGAAGCAGUGAGCACACCUGCGGUGGAUGGAAAGGCAAUAGUUGAUACAUUUCUUGUUGAACAGAUCAUGUCUUUCAACGUCUUCGGCUGUCCCCUCUCCAGCUUGAUCAUUCAUAAAAAUCUCGGAGCCAAAAAAUCCAAAGAGCCGACAGCUUAUCAUUCAUGCGGUAUCUGGACCCAGGCUUCAUAUAUUAACCACAGUUGUACCAGCAACGCCUGCCGCGCAUUCAUUGGCGAUAUGAUGAUCGUGCGCGCAACCCAAGACCUGGAGCCUGGCACUGAAAUCACAUUCUGGUACCGAAUUCCCGACGGCACUACAUUGAAGGACUCGCAGGAAGCGUUCAAAAGUUGGGAGUUUGUCUGUGACUGUGCCAUCUGCCAAGACGCUAAGGAGACAAAGGCUGCUGUCAUCGCGGAGAGACAGAAAUUGUUGGAGAGAAUGAAGCGAGUACGCGAUUCGUCCACGCCAAAUGGCAUACAGACGGAUAAAGUUGAGCGUCUGCUCAAGGCUUUGAAUAACACAUACACGCGGCCUGCGGACGAGGUGCCUCGCCUCUUGCUUUGGGACCCACAAUUGCUGCUGGCGCGCGUCUAUAUUGCACAGAAGAACAUAACCAAGAGCCUGGAAGCUGUCGGUAAAACUCUGACCGCGCUUGGCUUUAUUGUCGUUGGCGCAGACUCAUCUUCUGCAGGCUUCAGAGUUGUUAAGUGGGGCUUGGUGAUGGACCAUCUAGUGGAAGUAUUCCUGCAUGCACGGAGUGCCUUUGAGGCCAUAGGGGCUUGGGAAAACUCAAUGCGGGCGGAGAAAUAUGCAAUUGUUACGUAUAGAAUUGUGAUUGGAGAAGAUACCUCCUUCAAGUCGACAUAUGGUAGGUAAUUGGAGUUAGUGGGUAUCGGUAAUAGGUUGAAGGCUUGAUUCGUGUCAAAGCAGAUUUGCACACACUUUUCACAAUCUUAGCGUCCAAAACGGAAGAAAAGAUGAUUAUGAUGAGGAAGACACUCUUUCCGUAAACACUUUCCAUAAGUCAACACAAUAUGUACAUUGAUGUUCAGUUAAUGGACUGCGAUCAGCGUUUCUGGCCUUCUGGCGUUGAGUAGAUCGGAAAUUGAGGAUUCAUCACUGUCGUUACUGUGCAGAACCUCUUAGAUGUUGACAGGGUGGUUGCUUCAUGUGCUGCAUCAAGAAGAAAAUAAUCG